AUGGCAGAGAUUUGUGAAGGUAAGCGGAAAAGUAAUGUCUUCUGAUGAAUGUUUUACUUUAGUCUUGUUGAUAUAAAGAUCUAUGAAUUUUCUUUCGCAGGCGGCAGCUGUUUCAGACUACGCCUAGAAAAUGGUCUGUGCCACAAUAUGCUGGCUAAAAAUGAUAUGUCUCGCGAGGACUGCUGUGCUCUAGGGGGUUUUUUCGUGUCGGAGGCGAUUUCAGAGGAACAAUAUGUACGGGAUAUCCUCCUCGCAAAAGAGGGUGUUGCAAGAUGCGAGUACGCAUGCUCGGACCGUAAGUCAGCAACUGGGCGAACAACUAGCGAGUUAUUUUUUAUUUUAACUCACCUAUGAGGUUUUAACAACUCUUGUUGAACAUUACUUACUCAUGUGAAAGCCUACUAUGCAUCCUAGCUUGUCAGAACCGUAGUGUCAUCUAGAUGGCCUAAAUGUCGCAGGCGCCGAUGUUCCGCCUAAAUUCAGUUUGCAUCGACGCUUUUUGCAGUAUUUUCAGUAGCAUGGCGAUCAUCUGUUCAUCCUUUAGAUAGGACAUGUGCAUCCAAGCCCUGACCUCUGCAAUCCAUAGCGUGGAGUUAUUGCAUCCCUAAUUUAUAUUUCUUAUGUAGAUGUUGUCGCUCGGACCAAGUUUUCGGAGUGCACUAAAAUAUACAGAGUUACUUAGCAAGUAGCGAUGCAAUCUCCCACUGCCUGGUCGCUGAUCAAACGUUUCGUCGCAUGUCCUUUGAUUUCGACCUGAUUGGUCACUUUCCAAUUUUCUUCCAGUCACCAUAGUCUUAAACAUAGCUUGCAAGCUGCACACAGUUUCUGCGGGCGUACAGCGGAGAGAUGUAUACAAAAUCAGGCUGUUUAGUGUCAGCAAACUAUUUAACACAUCGGACGCCAUAUGUCUGUCUUCCUAAUCCACCUAUUUUUUUCAAGGAGUCUUCGAAACCUGCCAAAAUAUUCCAUGCGAUACUGGAUACAAGUGCGUUGUUCAGGGACACCGUGCAGUCUGUGAAUGUGCCACCGAAUGCACGGCUCUGGACUACCUCGAUGGGCCAGUUUGCACGACAGAUUACGGAAGAUUUAGAAACCGCUGCGACUUCAUCCGUGAACGCUGCAGAAAACAAAGUCGAAUGCUCGAGGAGGCCGUAUGUCCUCCGACUGAGAGUGUUUGUUGGCUGGCGAGUCGCUACAAUUCUGCCGAUCGCGACGACGCCUACACUGGAAUCAACGGCGUUGGACUGAUUCGACAGUCGGUGAGUCAUUCAAUGAGUUCAUGCUCGGAAGUCAGUCCACUGCUUUUGCGGAAAUUGAUAAUGUUCUUUUUUCUGCAGUCAAUAGGAGACGCUAUUUGCUUCGUUUAUUUUGACCGUCUAAAUACAUUCCUCCUUAAAAACUCCCCAAAGCUACAUAUUGCUUAGGAGAUCUUGUAGUUUUUAUUGCCUGUUCUGUGUUAGAGAGCAGCGGUGAACAAGCACAAACGCUGGAAACGUUUCAUCCUAUCGUUUAGACUGUUGCAGUCAAAAUUUGAGAUAAAUAAAGACUGAUAGUCUUAUUUGCUAGCAGCCGGUAAUCGUGAUCUUACAUUAGAUAUUACACUGCAGUUGGCCAAUUCUCACUCAGUCGAACUACUAUUCAGUCGGCAAGUUAACUUGUUUAACGGCAUGACUUCAAACACUUCCUUUUAACAAUAUGACCCUGUGUUCCUUCAAGGAUUCGAGUAAUUGUCGUCAUUUUCUAUGUUUCCACGUGCACAUCUGUGUGGCUGUUGAUCAUUAAUGUUGAUCAAACAAACCUAAGCAGACAGACGGAUUGCCUUCGUUGUCGAUAUAACGGAGUAGUGGAUUCCAAAAACUGGAAUAUUAGAAGAAAGUAAUCGAAAUUCGAUUCAAUGACAGACAGAUCAGCCUGCGUUGCUUUUAUAAAUUUCUUAAGAAAAAACAACAUUAUUAACUGUGAAAUGGACUGUCAGGGAUUCAAAAAGUCAAACUACUGGGCUCUACCGUUUGUUUUCGCUAGUAAGCUUUCGUAAACAGGCUGAUCGGCUGUGCCGCGCGUUCCUUGUCUGUGUAAUCUCUAAAUGUCCCAUAAAUUGCCGCAGGAAGUAAUCUGGUUGCUAGGACUAGAGAUUAAAUCAGGCGUAUCUGCUAAAAAGAUUUGCCGUGUACUUGCGCUGAUUCAGUUGUUCAGUAAUUGAGUAAGCAACCGCUAUGAAAUAUGUUUUUGCGAAUGUAUUUUUGAAACCUUUUUAGAAAGUAUGUCCGGCAUCUCAGGUCUGCCUUAUUCGCCAGUACAGUGGACAGGCAAGCUGCGAGGAACCAAACUGGCUUGGACCAACACAGAGUAAAUUUGGUCUCUCCAGUCUCGAAUUUGGUGGCCUUUCGGAAGACUUCUCGGAAUGCACAAACGAUCAGUUCGGAGUGCCCAUCUGUGCCACCAACAACCGGACCUACCGGAACCAGUGUCAACUCAGGCAGGCGAGCAUACGGCUUGGUAUGGAAAUCCGAAUAGCGUAUCUUGGAGUUUGCAAUGGUAAGAGUUGGUUCCUGAGACAAUAAUUUGGAAGCGAAAAAUAGAGUUUGUUCAAAUGCACUUGAAAAAUGUAGCGACAAUGUUCGAUGAAACUGGGAGCUUAACUGACUUUAACAAAACAGACCGUGCGAAAGCGAACAAAUGGCAAAAAGAGCGGCAGUUUUUUGGGACUAUCUUGGAGCAGCGACGUCUUCCUCAGUAGCCAGCACCACACGCAUUAAUGUUUAUGGAGGUAUUUUACAAAGGAAAUGUUGCCCAGAUAUGUUGGGCUUUUGAGCAAAGACUUCGGGGUUAGACGGUCGGGUUUUAGUUCUCGCGAAAAGGACUAAGAUACAAUGAUAAUUACAACCCGUUUAAGCGACCUCACCACCAAACUGACGCAUUCCCCUUUACCAAUCUCGCGCUAUGUUGAUCAUCUGGUUGCAGACUUGUUGGCCGAAGGGUGAGGUAAAGCCUCCUAGGAUUCCUAGGCAUUUUUCUUGAACAGCAAUAAUUGACUGUCGAGCCUCAUUUGGGAACAUUUUUUCGUGGGGGGAGGGGAGGAGGCAUGGAAUCAUUGGAUUGGGAGAAGCCCGGCAAUCCACGCGCCAACUCACUAGUUACUUUAAGCUGUAUUUACGAUUACUACCAGAGGUGUAAUUGAAAGAGAAACGAUAUCUCAUGAGACAAACAAAACCUGAUGAACAUUCUUCUACCAACCUAAUGUUAAAAAAGAUGGCGACAUGUGUAUCUUACUGAAUUAAUUGUAAUUUCAUAAAGAGAUCGAGGCCUUUGGAGCAGUGCAAGUACUGUCAUAUUCUUGAGAGAGUGUUCACAUCUUGAAUUUAACCGCAACGUGAUUCCCUUAUAUCUAAUUAUCAGAUGAGAGUGUAGGAUAUCUCACCUCUUUGCAAAGGCCUUCUAUAUUUUUGUAUAAACUACUGAUCUGCAGGAAAUUUUGGCUGUAUCGAACGAGAUGUAGAGACAAGACAUGUCUUCUUUGGCUCAAAAAGGGAAAAGGAAAACGGACAUUCGACAGAUGUGGCGAAAAUGGGUCCAGUCAACGGAUGCAACUGGACUUCCCCUCCCUCUUCCCAGAUUGUUCGCCCAUCCUGGUGACCCAAUUUGCGGCAACUGCCGAUCCCGAACUCGUUUCCUCCCAGAUAGUCUGGUUCCCGGAUCUGCUCGAAAGGUGUACUUUAGGGCGCAUCUAGGUAUACGUUCACAGAAGUACCACAUAUUUCCUUGUUUACCAGAACCCAAGCGUGGAGAUGUUCCCAUAUCACUGUCAAAAAACAUAAGGAAAUGAUUAAAAUCCUGUCUUCGAAUGCAGGCUCAAGAACACAAGACAAACAAGGAAGAUUCACUAGAAAUGCGCCAAAUUUAGGUCCUUCUGGCUAGGGAAGAUCUUAGAGACGUUCAGCAGCUCGGAGUUUUUGUGACUAAUUAAAAAUGCCGAUUUAUAAUGUUGGGGUUUGAAUCUUUGAGUCCUUAAUUUUGCUGCAGCUGCCUCGCCAUUUAUGGACUUUUUAAAUGAUACCCUGUAGCCUCAACAACUUGCGAGAAUAUUCGGUGUCAGAGCAAGGAUAUGAACUGCACGUACCAUCAUAAGACUCGUCAGCCCGUCUGCAUGGACUGUCAGAGAAACCCACCAAAUUGCAACCCUAUUAUCUCUUCGCACCUGAGUACCCGGACGUCGUUUCAGUUAGCCCAGCUGACUCAACGGCGGACUCAGGUAUUCGGGGAUCCCCGUUGGCACGGCAACGUGGUGACCAAUGACUGGCCUCUUGUCUGCGGCAGCAACGGACAGACCUUUCCUAAUGCCUGUUUUCUACACGUCUACAGCUGUUUGACCCGCAAAUACAUCGAAAUGGUCUCUGUUGGAUCCUGUUCGGGUCAGUGCUAAGCGAAGUUUAUUUCUUGUCCUUCUAGACAAUUUCGAACAAACUUUAAUGGGAAUGAAAGCUUAAAAUGAAAAGCAAAACGGCAGAAUGUUUGGAUUUUGUUCAUACUGCUGCUAUGUUUAAUAGUUCGGAGAAAGCGAUCUAACAUAUUAUGAUAGAAGGUGUUUUCGAGGCAUAUACCCUUUGCUUGGCUGACUCUGCCUAAUAAUGAUAACAAGUAAACUAGGAAAACCCCCACUUUAACCUCAACCCAGUCUAGAGAUCAAGGUAUAAACAACCCCAUACAAUGCCCCCAAAAAUGUCUCUGGGUAUACUAAAAAGGUUAUAAUGCUUUUUUUAUUAAUCCACGAUGCUCAAAAUAUGGAAAAACCCAUUGUCGCGUCCGAAAAAUUUUACCACAACCUCAACUGACACAAAUUUCAGGUCUGCUUCUUAUUUUAUAGGAUAACUGAUAUUCAAGAAAAACGAUAUAAGUUUUUAAACAUCAAGCAGCUUACAUUCCGCACACUAUAUUAAAAAUCGCGCCAAACAUGCGUCUUGCUGAAAAACCGAAAAAAUAACAUGAUCGUGAAAGAGUGUCAUCAGCCGUUUGUGCAUUAGCAAACACUCCAGAAAUAACUGAAGACGAGGUUGCAUAUAUAGAGAAUGUAUACAAUUUUCGGGACGACCUGGACCACUAGUUAAAAUGUACUUACUGAAAGUUACUGUUUUCCAAAUGAGCGGAUUUGUUUCUGAUUACAGUUGCUAUGAUACUCAUUUUUUACUACAUCUGUAUAGAUAGCAAAAAGCUGUGACAUCAUUAUUUUGGCCUUUUCAGUUCCCACUCAGUUAAUUUAAUACAUGACUAUCAUUUAGGAACAGAAAGAGAAACAUCCACACAUGUAUAUCAGAAAAGAGGAACCAUUCACCUAUUUGGAUACGAAGCAAAACAUGCUCGUGACGUUAUGCUGUAGAGCUAUGUCAACAGCUCUAAAAAGCACUCGUGUGAGGAAUAGCAAUUAUUCGCGAUAAUUACUAGCAAGCAAGACAAACCGGGAUCACAAUAUUGUGGGCUGUUAGACGUCGUUGGCCAGCCUGUCUGUGACUUCUGCCUCAUAUUCAGGAUCUGCGUGGUUCGGACAACCAACAGAUCGGUGGACGUCGAUUCUUGUUCGAAUAAAUACCAUAUCUAUAAAGAUAGGUACCAAAAGAUUGCAGAACUCGGAAGAACUUUGUUUCGAUGAAGUGCUUCUGACGUUCUCAAUAGAAUAUGCACCGUCUGCGCCGUGUAACUGAGUGUGUUCGCCUCUAUUGUCUCACAUGAUAGCCAAAGUUAUGACCAGCUGAAUGUAGGCAGAAUAAGUCUCAAACGAUUCUGUACCAAUCUACCCUCGUCAUCUGUCCUCUCCCAUCCGAUACAUAUAUCUAUACUUGUUAAAAGAAGCAAGGUUGCGCGCCCCCAGACAUAAUAAGGGACCAUGAACACGUUUCCCUGAGUACAAAGACAGAUCCAUUUUAUUAACGCCUUCUUGCCUUGACCGCCACUCCUCUGCAAAUACCCACCUCCAAAGAUGAAAUUAUGUUUUACUUGGAAACAAAAGGGGGGCGCAGUGAUGCUUCCCCGUUUUUCUCGUCCAUGAGGAAGCCGAGCAGACAUAUCUGGGACCAGCUGUAUACUCAUCCGAUGUUUCUAGCUCCCACGCCAGGGGAUAAAGAAAAUGUACAGCCAUCUGUAUGCAAAUGUUGCAUGAAUCACUCCACUGACAGCACAGGCCCUCACUAAAAGCCCAGACACAUGUUUUGCCAAUUUUAGCUAUGACCUGUGCUGACAGUAUGGUGAAUCAGGCAACAUUUGCAUACUACUGACUGUCUGUUUGCAGCUUACGAAUAUUACACGGUUAUCGGGGGGGACUGGCUGAUUUCACCCUGAAUGUUCCAUGCCAACCUUCGGAGCGAGCCUUAACAGAUUUGGCCUCUCGGGAAUUGUUGGAGAAGUAAUUGCCGGGGAAAUUGGAAAAAGUCGGCUGCAUAUGUAACUCAGCUCCGUCUGGCAGAUUUUUUCAAAAACACAGACGAAAAGUUAUAGGAGAUAACUUAUGUUGCCGGGGUUUUCGAAGAACUUUCCAGAUUGAUAGACUGAGUCGCGACUGACAGACCAGAAAAAGCAAUCCGUCGCCAGCCCUUGCACCCUAGGGAUCCAAAACACAGCAGUCUACAUCUACCGCAUAGAACCCAACUACGACCGAGUCGUCUAUGCUGGCAAAACCGGUAAACAAACAUGAGCUGGCAGUGAGACCGAAAAAUAAUCUGUCCUUAAUGGCAGCAUUCUCCUCCUUGUGAGGGCAUACCAUUGCUCUCUAGGGCGUGAAAAUUGUGGUGAUUUAAAUGGCCUCAACUAACAGACGUAUUUAUCUGUUAGCAGUUUGACAGGCGUCACACGAUCAGACCAAUGACGUCACCGAAGAUCGUUUCCGACAAAGGAAGGUUAAAUGUAUAGCUACCUAGACUGGGUGUUUGAAACACCGAACAAACAAACAACUGGUCCCAGCUAUCAUCCUUUCGUCUUCCUCUUCAGUUCAUCUUGCAGGGAUUCGCGUUCUUCUGUUAUUUUAAAUACAAAUAUGCAGGCAAGGAUGCCGACAAAUGUUAGAAACACCGGUAUGGCUGUUUCUGACGCAUUAGCCGUUGUCGCACCCCCCCCCCCAAACGCGGUCUGCUUUGCUCUUUCUUGACUUUGGGUUCAAGUUAGGAGGAGAGUGUGCGAUAGAUGCUUUGCAGGUCUACUAUCACCAUAAACUAACGCACGCGCAAAUCACCAUGUCUGCAACACCUUGCUGUGUAGCACACGGUGAACACCGUCGAAAUCGACGGUCGAAAUGUCAGCCGUCGUCAUUCAACUUGCCAAACUCCAGGUUGGGCAAUCUGGGAGCUGAAUUUGGAUUUCUUGAUCACCGGUCAUAAAUUUCAAAGUUCUACCUGCACGAUGUACUUACGAUCCACGAUCUCCAUGCAGCAUAACAAAACAGGAGUAAAAGUCAUAGGAUGCUUUUGUUCAGACAGACAGGUACAGCAGGCGGAUUUGCUCGCCAACAAUGCAAGUCAAGAAAUUAUAUUGUUCGGUGUUUAAAUCAGUUCUUGAAUUAGUAAGUCCAAAAGAAAAAAUUAUCAAGCAGAAAUUGAGUUUGUCUCCGAUGACUGGCGUAAAACAUAUAAGCCUCCUCUGUGCACAGCAUAUUCCCCCAGCACACGAAACUUUUGCUCGAGACUGGGGCUGCGCUGGCGGUACUGCACGCAAUUAAAACGGAAGUCCCGUGGUGGGAAAGAUCCAACCACUUCCUCACGGUGGUAUAUUAUGUGAACAAUAUAAGUUCAUGAAAUAUUCAAAAGAAUGGUGAACUGGCAUCCUAUGACAGAAAAAUGCCACUUAGUGCUGCGCGCACUCUAAAUUAGGAAAUCACGUAGGAUAUUUCGCCAUAUAUUACUGUGAAAUAAAUCGACGUAUUAAACUAUAUGUUUUCGCUUCAGUAACCUGUUAGGGUAUCCGUGUUCAAAUAGAGCUUAUAGCUGAAUAACAUACUGGAAAUCAUCAAAGAUUUCCAUUAGUUGAGGCUUGUGCCACUGUGACAUGAUUCGAGGAAAUUUGUUCAAAAUUGCGAUUUUGUCUCCUUUAGAGUGA